AUGUCAGGUGACAAAUCCAUGGUGUUUGGUGAUGGAGGUCUGUCGCCAGACGACUACACGUACAGCAAAGACUUUCGUACUGCCUUGCCCCAGUUCUUGGCCGUCAGCGCGAAGAACUUGGUACUUUUAGGAUAUGGAAUGACGCUUGGAUUCUCGACUAUACUCAUGCCAGCUGUUCUGGAUCCCAAAGAAGGCGAAGUUCUACAUUUAAAUAAGUCAGAAAUUUCAUGGAUCAGUUCCAUUAAUCUCAUUAUAGUGCCUUUAGGAUGUGCACUAUCGGGUGUUGUGACGUCACCGAUCGGGCGUCGAAGGGCUAUGCAGAUGGUCAACGUUCCCUUCUGCAUAGCUUGGUUGAUGUUUCACUUUGCAACAAGCACGGGACAUUUAUAUGGGGCCCUCUUCAUUACCGGUCUAUCAGGAGGCUUACUAGAAGCACCAGUGCUGACGUAUGUGGCUGAGAUCACACAGCCGCAUCUCCGCGGCGCCCUGACGGCCACCAGUUCCUUGUGCAUCAUUCUGGGUGUCUUCACACAGUUUCUCUUCGGCAUAUUCAUGUACUGGAGAACUGUGGCUUUAGUCAACAUCGCAUUCACGGUAACUGCUAUUAUUGCCCUCUGUUUCGUGCCUGAGUCUCCGCAUUGGCUGGUGUCUAAGAAGCGUUUUGAUGAUGCUAGAAGGAGCUUACAAUGGCUUCGUGGUUGGACAACUCCUUCUGCUGUGGAAAACGAACUCCGUGACAUACAGGUGUUGUUCAAAAGGGAGAAAAAAGAUUUGAUAGAAGUUGAAGAAACAAUGUCUGAAAAAGUGUCCUAUUAUACGAGAAAGAGUUUUAUGUUGCCGUUUUUCCUUGUGACUUUCACGUUCUUCGUUGGUAACUUUAGUGGCAUGACAACAUUGCAGACAUACGCAGUGUCAAUAUUCCAAAUGCUGAGGGCGCCUAUUGACAAGUACUACGCAACAUUGAUCCUUGGAGUGCUGCAGAUAGUGGGUGCAGGAACUUGUGUCUUGUUGGUUCACUAUACUGGCAAGCGACCCCUCACACUUUUUUCCACUAGUGGAGCUGGAAUUUGUUGUAUACUGGUUGCUAUCUACGACAUAUACAUCAAAACUAAUGGUUUUACUGAAGCAUUGCAAUCAAGUAAUGCUACAUUGACUGCGAUUAACAAUUCGUCAAAUGAAAUGCAAGAAGAACCGAGGAACCCAUACUCUUGGAUGCCGAUGACGCUACUGAUGCUACUAGCUCUUCUUGCACAUACUGGCUUAAGAUUGCUUCCUUGGAUUCUAAUUGGCGAGGUGUUCAGUGCCAAAACACGUUCGGGUGGUGCUGGAGUAUCAAGCGCUAUUGGCUAUUUGUUCGGGUUUUUAACAAACAAGCUAUACAUAAGUAUGGUGGACACUUUGUCUAUAUGGGGCACUUACGGCUUGUACGGAAUCGUAUGUUUUGUUGGAGUCAUCGUGUUCUACUUCAUAUUACCUGAGACUGAGGGAAAAAAAUUAAACGACAUUGAAAACCAUUACGCUGGAAGAUCCAAACUUAACAACCAAGUUUAUAGAUCUCGGAGGAAAGCUCCGAAAGAUACUUCUAAAAUGCAUGAAAUGAAAGGUGCUGCGAAUCCGACAUUCGAGGAUGAUACUUCAAAAUUAUAG